AUAAAACGGAGUGACGCGCCCUGCGCGGAGUGAUCUCGAGCACGGACUACACCCAAGGCGCUGUCUCGAUUCACAUCGGCUUUUCUUCCCUGCCCCCCCAAAAAGCAGAUCUCGGCAGCACGCAGCUAAAGCGCUUUUUGGAGAGCAAACAUGUCUUGGCUAAGCUACGUGGAUAACCUGAUGGACGACGGCAGCUGCCAGGAUGCCGCCAUUGUCGGUUACACGGACGCCAAAUACGUUUGGGCAUCGUCAGAAGGGGGCACUUUUAGCGGUAUAACGACCGACGAAAUCGAUGUCAUAGUCGGCAAGGACCGUGAGGCCUUCUUCACCAACGGCCUGACCCUAGGGAAAAAGAAGUGCUCUGUGAUCAGAGACAGCCUGCAGACUGAUGGCGACUGGACUAUGGACAUCAGGACGAAGAGUCAAGGAGGCGAGCCGACGUACAACGUUUCCAUAGGCAGAGCUGGCAAAGUAUUGGUUAUAGUCAUGGGAAAGGAAGGUAUCCACGGAGGACAGCUCAACAAGAAAGCAUUUACCAUGGCUGAUUACCUGAGGAGAGUUGGAUACUGAAGCAGCCCCCUUUCCAUCCAUCCACACAGCAGCUCACUGUAACAUCCUACCAUCCCUUUCUCCCUCUUUUUUUUUUUUCUUCCCCCUUUUAUUUCUUCUGCCUUCACAGCACUACAGAUUCUUAGUGGAUGCAUCAUUGUCUAUCCAGCCCCUUAAUUCUUUCAAUUUUUUUAAAUUUUUUUUUUUAUUUUAAACGUUUUCCCUCUUCCCUUCUUAUUUAGCAUACUUAUCCCAUUCCCGUUCCCCUCAUCCUUAUAGUGCCACAAAAAAAAAAGCAUGUUCAUUUUACGAAGGCUUAAAACAGAAAACACAGUACUGUACAUAAAGCAUUGGGCUUUUCAAAUUCGCAUAAACGAAUAGUCACUGUCCAGUUUUCCUGAGGCACUUAUCUAGUGGUCCAUCGAUGCCUCCCGAGUGCUUCGAGCCUUGCUGAGCUGUCGGUCUUCCCCUAGUGAUUUUUUUUUUUUUUUUUUUUUUUUUUUUUUCUUUCUUUCCAGCAUGGCCAGGAUGGUUUAAAAAAAAAAAAAAAGAAAAAAAAAGUGCAUGCAUAUCUCUUUUUAGCUCAAUAUCAUCAAACUAACUACCAUACACUACCAGUGUCCUCUAAGAAAAAAAAAAUAAAAUAAAGAUAAAUUGAUUCACACUACGUAAUUCUUGCCCUUAUACUUGUAACCCAUUUUAUUCAAAUACAACAUCCAAUGCUUUUACUGUUGUAUCUGGAUGUGGUGUUGUUGAGUCCUCGAUGUAAUGUUGGAUUUUCUUUUCUUUUGAAUGUGAUGGCAGAUCAGCAUUUACAAGGUUUAAAACAAACAAAAAAAAAAAAUCGCUUCUGGACUCUAAGGACAUUCCACCGCUAACAUAGCCACUUAGCAACUUAUUUACCAGCUAGUGAUUUUUUUUUUUUUUUUUUUUUUUUUUUUUUUGAUUUAUUGUAAUUUUUUUUUUUUAAGCACUGCCCUUCUGAUUGUAACUCUGGUUUGGUGUCCAGUCAUAUAUUAUAGAUUAUAUAAUUUUUUUUUCUCCAUUAGGACCAAUAUUUUUUUUCUGCAUUUUGGAGGAUUAACAGAUUACUGAAGGAUCGACUGCUAGCUUCAUCUGUUUGUAGAACACUAAAUGAAACAUUUCAAAUGCACACUAACCUCUUGAUUCACUAGUAAUGGUAUCCAUGUCUUGGGGAGGGAUUACAAAGCUCUAAUGUUUAACUACCUUUUUUUUUCCCUUCUUCCUCACAAUGAAUGUCUUGAAUAGAUGAAAUGGCAGUCUUAUUGUUGACUUUAAAUCAUUUAACCCUUUUUUUUUUUUGUCUGUUAAUCCUGUCAAGUUUUCAAACAACAAACGUCAUUUGUGCUUUAUUCGACUGCAAUGUAUCAACUUGUCAUAGCACGGUACAAAUAUUUCAUUAAAUAGGCAAAAAAAAAACAACAAAACACAAUGAAGUAACUGUGUACACUAAAUUUUCUGGGUUAUGGUGGUAUUAGUUAAAGAAGAAAAAGACCACUAGUCAGUUGUAUUGUUAACUUUAAUCAAAAAAAAAAAAAAAAAAAGGAAAAAAAAAAAGCAGUGUAUCCUGUGCCAUAAUGUAGAUCUGAUCUGUUGCUACUGUGAGAUGGAUUUUAAAACCUCUGCCUUGUAAGGAGUCGAUUCGCGAAAUGGCACCUUCUUUUUGGGAUAUCUGACAAAAGUUUCAAAACUCUCCAGGGCUUGUGGAAUAUGUACAGAUUAAAGUGAAACAUGUCAACAAAA